GGUAGAGUCAUCUAUGGAUCAUAAACUGCAACGACUUGGGAUGAAAAUGGUGCAUCAAUAGUUAACCAAGUCCAUCAAAAUGUUAUCGGAUCUCCACGACAACGACUCCACGCCGACGAAUUCGGAUCAGGAAGAUCUUCUGGUGGGAUCUGAUUAUGAAGAUUUCACAGAUUUCGAAGACAUACAAUUCGCAUAUGCCAAAAGUCAAAAUCAGCAGCAGCAACAGCAGAACUCCAAUCCUUUGAGUAAUUAUCCUCAUCUGAUAGCCACACAGAACGACUUUGGAAACACGACAGAGUCCUGGCGCCACAAAUUCAACUUCCUCUUCACCUCCUGCGCCCUGGUGGUCCUGUCCUUCCUGGUGACGGUUUUGUACCCCAUCUAUUGGCGGCAACUGGAACUGAAUUCGCAGCACGUGACCCGGUACAGCGGCCUCUUGUUUGUUGCGACGGUGACGACGGCGACGGUGUGCGCCUUGGCUGUCAUCAGUUCGUGGGUUUCCAACUGGGAUGUCAGGGUGCUUAAACCGCCCUUCAACGUUUACAGGACUUUAAUGAUAGGCUGUUCUUAUGGCUUGGGAGGUACUUUGAUAACGAUGGCCAACUCGAGGAUACCUUGCCACUUGCAAGAUCCUUUAAAAGCACUGACUAUGUUGCUUUCGUUGAUUUUUUAUUUCUUCAUGUGCAGACGAGUGAUGGGUCUUCAGAGGAUAUUUUCAGCGACAACAAGCGUUGUCGGUUUAUUUAUUGCGGUCGAUUACGGUUUAUGUGACGAAUAUAGGUGUCGAGGUUUCGAAUUGAGUACCGAAACCGAUUUUCCGGUUUCUGAAAUCGAUACAGAUGAAGAUGGCACGGACACUUGGAGGCAGAGGCUUAUAUGGACACUCGUCUAUGUUAUAGGUCUAGCUUUAUGGACUCUACACAUAACAUUCCUGGAAAGCCACAUCAUCCAGAAAACAAUGAAUCUGCCCAUCGACAAACCAGAACCACCAACCCUGCUCUCGACAGUCUCCAGGCUGGUGUCACAUUCUGAUCCCCUUCUGCCAAAUUCACCGAGUCAACGUGAAGUCACUUCCACGACAAGUAUGAUGGGAGCCAACUGUUGUGGUGGCAGUGGUGCCAAAAGGCAGACCAGGGAGUUGCAUAUGUUGGCCUGGAUACAUCUUGUGGGGUUGAUUAUUGUUUUGUUCGGGAACUGGAUCGAUAUGUUGCCAUCGGAGGAUAAGGUGACCUCUCCAUCCGAGUUCAUCUACAAAACCCACCGAGGCUUAUCCUGUCACUUCGAGAUACCAAACCACAACACUUUGUCUCAACAGCAGCUGGACUACCUAUCAAAUCUCACGCCCCACAGCCAAACCUUCAAUAAAACCUCCAGAAACAAAAGAGAUCUCCUAACCAGCCUGGAUGCCACCAAAAAAUUCCAAAUGAACUACGAUGAGUACCUUCUUCGCCAAGAGUUCCACAAAAGAAAUUACAAACACGAAGCACUGAUGAGAGCCCAUAAUUUGAGGAAACAUAAACUAAAUAGGCAGCACACGAAUGUGAAAGUUUCUAAAUUGAUCACGAAUCAGGAUAAAUGUGAAUUGAUCAGGUUUUAUGGAUGGAUGUUCACCUUGGCCUAUAUAGCCUUUGUGAUUUUUCUGGUACGGUUUCUGAUUUUGUGCGAGUCUGCUGUUUUUACGAUGUCUCUGAUCACUAUGGCUUUGCCUUUUGCUGGUUUGUACUGGUCGGUGUUCAAAUUGGUGCCUCAGGGGAAUGUCGCUAUAGUCGAAUGGGGGCCUGCUGUUACUGGUGAAAUGAUUUGCUGUUUACUCGGAUUACCCAUUGUUAUGCUGGGUACAAUUUUGUUAUGCAAAGCACAUUUCAGAGACUGCAAGCAAAUAAGUUAUAGAUCGUUUGAUUCAGGAAUGGCCUAGUCGAUAUGGAGAUUUUCAUGUACAUAAGGACUAAAAAAAUUAUUUAUAUAUAUACA